AUGUAUAUGUGUUACUUGGCGAUGGUGACGAUGUUCUUCGUGGCAAAUGUGGCAAAUAAUUACGCACUAAGAUUUAAUCUAUCGGUGCCCUUAUUUCUCAUCUUCCGCUCUGGCUCCCUGUUGACCAAUAUGAUCCUGGGUAUAAUAAUCCGGAAAAGACGCUACACCGUGAACAAGUACAUCUCGGUUGCCAUGGUGACAGGAGGAGUUUUCAUGUGCACGUUCGCUUCAGGUCACUAUAUAGCCAAUGACAUUGAACAAUCAGCAGGAGCAACUCCAGUUGACUUUGCUUCCUGGCUUACAGAUGGUCAUGCUUCCACUGGUGGUAACUUCAACCGGAAAUCUGAAGACCGUCGUGGCUGUCGGGAGAGAGAGACAUUGCACGCAAGUGGGAUCGGAGUGCCCUCCGAGAACAGCACAAAAACGCGGUUUGGGGGUGGAACGACUCGCCAUAUGCGCUGUAAUUGA